AUGAAGAUACCAGGUUCCCUUAACAUUUUGAUCCUCUUGCAGCUGAUUUGCAUAACAUGGACGUCACAAGUCCUUGCAAAGAAAACACUAACCGACAGUGUUACCUGUUCCUCUGGCCCGUGUAGCGGUAUAAGCAUGCCGUGCCCAGCACAAUGCCCAACCACAACACCAAAUGGCCAAAAUAAGAAAGCUUGCAUUGUCGAUUGUUCCUCUCCAAUAUGCGCGGCGACGUGCAUUAACAGGGCGAAACCAAAUUGCAAUGGACGCGGGGCUGCAUGUCAGGAUCCCCGGUUCAUUGGUAGAGACGGCGUGGUUUUCUACUUCCAUGGUAAGAGCAACGAACAUUUCAGCUUAGUCUCUGAUACUAACCUACAAAUCAAUGCCAGAUUCAUUGGCCACCGACCUGCUGGCCGAACAAGGGACUACACAUGGAUUCAGGCCCUUGGUAUUCUUUCUGGCUCCCAUUCUAUCUCUCUUGAGGCCACCAAGGCAGCCAAAUGGGAAGAUGAAAUCGACCAUCUUAAGUUCUCUUACGAUGGCGAAGAAAUUUCCCUCUCCGAAGGAGCUCUGGCUGUAUGGAACUCACCAGACGGAAAUGUUAAGCUGGAAAGGGUCGCUGACAAGAACUCAGUGAUCCUCUCCAUCCCCCGAGUUGUGGAAAUUGCAGUCAAUGUGGUUCCCAUAACAAAGGAAGAAGACAGAGUUCACAACUACCAGAUACCUUCUGAUGACUGCUUUGCUCAUUUGGAAGUUCAAUUCAGAUUCUUCGGCCUAUCCGCGAAAGUUGAUGGGGUCAUUGGACGUACUUAUCAGCCUGAUUAUGAAACUCCGGCUAAAUUAGGUGAUGCCAUGCCUGUAUUUGGAGGUGAAGAUAAGUACAGAACAACUUCUCUUCUCUCUGCAGAUUGCAAAGACUGCUUGUUCAAACCAAACAGCAAUGAUGGCAACAGCAAGAACAGCCCAUUUCUGGUUGAGUAUGGAACCCUGAAAUGCAGCAGUGGAUUGUCCCGCGGCGUUGGAAUCGUCUGCAAGAAAUGAUCGGCCUACACUGGAAUAGUCUUGAUGAAUAAAAAUG